AUGCACCAAACCUGUGUGCGGCUGGAGGAGGCUUCUGCCAGACCCUCUCCCGGGCCUGUCCUGCCACAGCCCCUCCCCAGUCUCACUGAGCUCCAGAUCAGGGAAGGGCCGAAAAGGACGAGCAGGGCAGCCGCAGAAGGGGCGCCCUGCGUGGGAGGGGUCCGUUGCGCGCCUGGUCACCGAGGGGGAAGGGAAGGGGCCUCUGGCGCGCGGGGCGGUGUCGCGCAGGUCCCGCCCCGCCUGCCCGCGCCGCCCAUUGGUCCCGAGCGCGAUGUUGCGGGCGGAGCAGGAAGGAAACCGCUCCCGAGCGCGGCGGCGGCGUCGUCGUCUCCCGGCAGUGCAGCUGCCGCUACCGCCGCCCUCUGCCCGCCGGCCCGUCUGUCUACCCCCAGCAUGAGCGGCCUGCGCGUCUACAGCACGUCGGUCACCGGCUCCCGCGAAAUCAAGUCCCAGCAGAGUGAGGUGACCCGAAUCCUGGAUGGGAAGCGCAUCCAAUACCAGCUAGUGGACAUCUCCCAGGACAACGCCCUGCGGGAUGAGAUGCGAGCCUUGGCAGGCAACCCCAAGGCCACCCCACCCCAGAUUGUCAACGGGGACCAGUACUGUGGGGACUAUGAGCUCUUCGUGGAGGCUGUGGAACAAAACACGCUGCAGGAGUUCCUGAAGCUGGCCUGAGUCAAGCCUGUCCAGAGUUCCCCUGCUGGACUCCAUCACCACACUCCCCCCAGCCUUCACCUGGCCAUGAAGGACCUUUUGACCAACUCCCUGUCAUUCCUCACCUAACCUUAGAGUCCCUCCCCCAAUCCAGGCCACUUCUCCUCCCUCCUCUCCAAAUGUAGUCCCCUCUUCUCCAUCCAAAGGCAACAUUCCUUACCUUAGUCUCAGCAAUUGUCUUAAGCAACAGCCCCAAAUGCUGGCUGCCCCCAGCCAAGCAUUGGGACCGCCAUCCUGCCUGGCACUGGCUGAUGGGCACCUCUGUUGGUUCCAUCAGCCAGAGCUCUGCCAAAGGCCCCGCAGUCCCUCUCCCAGGAGGACCCUAGAGACAAUUAAAUGAUGUCCUGUUCCAUUGGCA